UAUUUUUUUUCUUUUGUUGGUGGGGUUGAGAAUUAAGAUAACCUUGCCAAAUAAAAUUUAAUUACAUAAACCAAAUGCUCCUUUCAAAGAUGCCUCUCUCCCUUUCUAGUCCUUAUAUUAUGACCCAUUUGAGUUCUUAAGAUAAGGACAAUAAACUUUAUCUUGUUCACUUUACAAAUCUGUGUACUUUUAAUUAACUAAUUCAUUUACAUAUACACACAGAUAUAUAUAUAUAUAUACAUAUAUAUUAUACUUAUAUAAAUAAACACACGAAUAGGUCACUAGUGUGGAACAAAUCCAGUUAUUGAAGCUGCAAAAGGAAAAGAAACACUUGCAUUUGGCAGAGAAUGGGAAAUAAAGGAAUAAGAGUACUACUAUUCAUCUUCUUCUCUCACCUUUGUGUAGCAGUGUUUGCUUUGUCUUCCUCAUCUCUUCACCAAGACAAGUCUUCAGAUUUUAUGCAGAACGAGAACUCAAGAGGGAGAAGUACAUACGAACAAAACAGCAAGGGUAUUGACGAAAAUGAUACUAGUGAAAAUGCUAUAGAGCAGAGCAAGAAGUAUGGACACACAGGUAAUGGUGGCAGCAGCGGUGCCAGACCAACUAACCCAGGUGAAAAUGGUGGCGGUGGAACAUCCGCGCAGGGAGGAGGAAAUUACAUCCCCGUUUAUGCAGCUGGGGCCGCAAACAACCGCCACCCUUAUCACCGUGGAGGAGCCAGCAGCAACCAAAUAGGAGUUCACACCCUAGUUGUUCCGACGAUGGCUUCUCUCCUACAGUUAUAUGCGGUGUUCAGAUGUGGAUAGAAGCCAUGUCCAUGAUAUUGGAGGUCUGAGCGUUCCUUUUCUAGUAUAUAAAACAGUCGUUUGGUUGUUUUUCUAGCUUUGUAGUUAGCUUUCCUGUUAUACAAAUAGUCUUCUGUGAUCAGCAGAAACAGCCUGAAAUUACUUGUUAUUUUCACCCCAGGCAAUCUGUAUUACUGCCUUCUACAUAAUGAGAAUGAUCCUUUUCAAACGUAAGUUGUACAUUUAUGUAAUAACUAAUACAGAAGAUAAAUGCUUAAAUUGGCUUUCUUAGUGUACUA